CAACAUUCAUAGAAUAGUAAGCACAUACAACACACUAUGUACACGCAGACUUCCAGUCGGAUCUUGGUAGCAUUUAUAUAUACCUACCUUAAGAGGUAUGUAUAGUAAAUAAACCACGAAACCUAUGAUUCGAUUCGAUUCGAUACAUAAAUGGUGCUACUCGAUACGACUUCUAGUGUCGUCUCAGGAUGGUUUCAGCAGCGCCAUCUGCGUAUCCGUCCACCUCCGACUCGAGCUUUGCGUGUUUCAACUCAUCAGCCGUGAGUGUUAUAUGUUAUAUAGGUUAGAUAGUUACGUGCUUUGCGAAGACGGUUCUUGAGAGGUUGGACUGUUUGAUAAUACAUACCUAUAUAUCUGUGUGGUGAAUGGUGUGUACGAUAGAUGCGAGUAACUAACUAACUACCUAACUAAAAGUAAUUUUAUCAAAGAGAUUUCGGCCUUGUUUCCGUGGUGGUAUUAUUAUUCUAUUUUAUUUUAUUUUAUUUUAUUUUAUUUUAUUAUCUUCUCCUAGUCGAUUAUUCCGAACGGCGCAAUUUUAUUAUACGAGAUUCGGAAAUAAGCGCACCGAGAGACGGCGAAGCCAUGAGGUGCCGAGGCGCCGUUACCCUGUCUCUGCUGGCGGGAUUCCUCGCCGGAGUGAUGGCCGGCGAUUUGAUCGAGGAGGUGCGACGGGAUUUCCAAAUAGGUUUAUUCGCGCGGCAAGCAAUAUCUGAUAUCCAGCAAUUUGACCCGAGUAGUCCUCUAGGAGGCAAGACUCCAGCGAAGAUAGAAUUCGACCAAAGCAAUACGGAGAAGCCUUUCAAAAUCACCAACAGCAGCAUAUCAGAAGGCGAGACGUUUAACGACUUCAGCACCGCAUCAAACCGCGUCUGCGACGACCUGAAGAACGACUGCGCCGACACUGCCAAUCAGAACGACAACAAGGCCUUCAGCGUGCAAGACUGCGACAAACAACGUGAUGAUUGCAUCACAGCAAAUAUACCUACUGAAGAGGACGACGCGUUUCUUUACUUCUGCGACUGAAUGGAGCGCUGCACUAGUUUGCUGUAGAAUAGUUUGCGGGUUUAGCCGUAUAGGGGCUCAAGUCCAUAUCAGCUUGAUAUCCAUCCAUAGGCUUCUCGGUACGCAAGGGGCAAGUCUCCAAGCUAGGAUUGGAGACAAAACAUACACUACCUACCAGCGUGUUCUGAUAGUCCGGUUAACUGCUACUUCGUAUAUCACGAGCAACCAAAGGGUUGGAGACUAGUUGAAGAAAGUAUAUUCGACAAGUCCCUAGCAAGGGCCAGCGCAAACAAAAUCAAAACCAAAAGGCACUCUUUAGU